GUCUUACUCCUCUUACCUGCCUUCUUGUCCACCAUGGCCGGAAGUGCGCUACCUACAUCAGAAAUCUCUGCAGAUGCUGCCAGCGAUCUCUCUUCCGACGCCUUACUACCCCAACUGUUGGAUGCACGCGCCGUCGCACCCAUACUCGACUUCAGCAAGUCUAGUUACAUCUGGACAGGAGAACAAACAGGGAUGGCCCAUACUGCACCUGCAGGCAUGCGGCCAUUCCGUGUGGAGAUUCCCUCCUCAGCCAUGAAGUGCCCCACUUGCGCGACAAUUAUCGUAGCUUGCGAUGACCAGUGUCCCGUCUAUGUCAAUGGCCAACAGAUCGGUACCGGGAGAGCUCCCCAGCAGGGAGCCGUCGUCUACACUGCUGGUCUAAACCCGGACAGCAAGAACGUCUUUGCCAUCGGCAUGAGCAACACUGCCGAAGGCUCCGCUGGCCUCAUUGCUACAAUCCUCGUCGACUACACGGAUGGCACAACUGAGACUAUCAUCAGCAACUCUACAUGGAAGACGCUUAAAGGUGUGGCACCCAGUGGAUGGACGAGCCCGAGCUUUGAUGAUUCCACAUGGACUGCUGCGGAUGUGGAGGGUCCUUCGAUGGCUUCACCGUGGGGUGCUCUGGUGCUCCCGCCUGCUAUCAAUAUGACAACUGCAGGGGCUCUUCCACAAAGACGUUCACUUCGCCUUAUGGGAAAUCCGCUGUCUGCGGCAAGAUUGUUCUCUCCGUGUAUGUCUCAUGCUGUUUUCCUUUACUCAUGCUCAUUGUGCUUGUGGUCUUCCAGGGAAGACUCAUACACGCUCUACGUCAAUGGUAAAAUCGUCAGAACAGGAUCAACCUGGAGGGCCAUGCAGGCGUAUUCCCUCCCACAGUUGGAACCGGACGUGAAUGUCGUUGCUGUCGAUGGUGCGAAUCUCCAAGGAAAUACUAGGGUCUGGCUCAGAGUGGGGGUGUUGAUUGCGUAUAAUGAUGGGUCGUCAGAGAUGUAUUUAACAGAUGGGACGUGGAAGACUCUGAAUGCGCUUCCUCCUGCUGGGUUUGAGCAGCCUGAUGCGGAUGAUAGUGAGUGGGUUGGUGCAACGUUA